ACUGUAUUUGAUUUUUGCUUGUACUUAAAUCUAUUUGUGACAGUUUUUUUGUUUAUUUGGUUGGUUGGUUAGAAGGGGCUUUUCCGUGUUGAACUCUUUCCCGACAGUCUUGAACGCCUCACUAACGUCACAUUUGCUCCGCCCCAUCAACAACAUGCGCGCUCUCCAGAAAUGACCUCUACCGAGUAACAGCGCGUCCCCGCGGCUCCACGGCGCUUCUUAGCAGUCGGAACUUCCCCCGGGACUUUAUCCAACUUAUUACAAACUCACGGACACACGAAAACAGAGCAUUUGGGAAACGCUGGAAACGACUCUGAAGGAAGUUUUUCGUGAUUUCUGCGAAGCUAAAGCGGGUUCCGGUGGCGAUUUUUGUUCCGUCAGGAAGUUUGACGUCUUCGCUUGAAGAUUUCUUGUUUUGUUUUGUUUUGGUGUGGACUAGCUGCGUGCGUAAACUUGGUUACUUUUGCUGAGAAAAAAAAGGAAUUUUAUUAAAAUGUUGGAAUUGUAGCUUGGCAGUUAGCAAAAGUUUGGAUUAAAUUCGUAGCUUUACGAAGUUUUAUUGAGAAACAUGAUUUACUCCAGCUUCUUGUGACAUGGCAGCUAGCUAACCAUUUGUUAAAGUUGUGUUUUUGCCCCCUGUUGUGUUUCAUUGUGAAGAUAAUCGUCAGUGACGUCGCUGAGUUGAAUUACUUCAUUAAUUAAAUACCUACAGUGGAAACAGGCCCUGAUUCUAACACGAAAGGUUUAUACCGAGUUUAAAUACCUCGCGCUCAUAAAGGAAAACACAUUUCCAUCCAAGAAUUUUUUUGGACCCAAACUUGGCAACACUGAGGAGGACCAGUCUGCAAGGAGAGACAUCCAUCAGAAACUACGGAAACCGUUUCCUCCAGAAGAAACUCACUCAUGGAUCUGAUCAAAGCCAUUCGGCUGCUGUUACACCUCAUCUGAUCGUUUUUAACAUUUGUGAGAACGGAGAACACUGGCAUCCAGUGAGACUUGUAAACAUGUUUUGGAAAUUUGAGUUUUCCAAAGAUCCCAGGCUGCAGCGGAGCAGGCUCUGGUUUCCGGGCUGCAGAAGGCACAUGUAGGAUUUUCCACAGGAGCGUUUGGUGUAUCCUCGUUUGGUUUUAACACCUGGAAAGACUUUUGGAGUGUGUUUGAUUUGGACACAAGCCGCCCCCAUCGCCUGGGGGGAAGGGGGGUCAGCCCCUUCCAUGAUGGUGCCUUCUCGGUCUGACCAAGACCACCGAUGGACCUGAGCUGUCAGGGUCAAAAAAGCACAGAAGUUUGGUUCCCAGUCCUUACAGGACAGGCCAUAGGUGGUUUGGCUCUUCGGGGAUAGAAGUCUGAAGACUGGUUUGUGGGCCCUGCACACAAAUACAGCCGCAAUGAAUGAGAGGCAGGCUCUCCACUCCAUAAUGAAGGACCUGGUUGCCCUCCAGAUGACACGGCGUCAGCCGGUGUUUUCCUACGACAGCAGCAAACCAAAGGCACCAGCACAGGCUAGCAGACAGGAUGAUGUCAGGAUUAAGUUUGAGUUCUCAGGAGAGAGGAGGAUCUUGAUGUUUGGGAGGCCCGUGCAGUUUGAGGACAUCCAGCAGAAAGUCAAGAGUGUGUUUGGCCAGCAGUUAGACCUCUACUAUAUCAACAAUGAGAUGUCCAUCCUGCUGAGGAGCCAGGAUGACCUGGACAAGGCUGUAGACCUGUUGGACAGAAGCUCCAACAUGAAGAGCAUCAGGAUCCUGCUUCUCACGCAGGAGCACACCAAUGCCCCCUCCCAUUCUCAUCCUGUACCAUGUAAGCAGGUGAGGAUCAAGUCUUCCCAGUCCGUUGGAGACGUUACUGCAGUGUUCCAGUCCUCCGAACCCAGGGGGCGUCACCUGUCAACAGGUUCUCAGAGCACAGGGCGAAGUUCACCGCCACCCGGGUAUGUGCCUGAGCGUCAGCAGAGGAUCGCCCGCCAAGGCUCGUAUACGAGCAUAAACAGUGAGGGGGAGUUCAUUCCAGAGACUAGCGAUCAAUGUGUUCUGGAUCCCUGGAGCAGUGCAGAGAACUCCGUUUCUGGAAGCUGUCAGUCUCUGGACAGCAACUCAGACAGCCCCUCACUGAGGAAGUCCCGGAUGCACAGAGCCAAGAGUAACCCAGAUAAUCGCCAGGAGUUCUCGGACAGAGAGAACCACGUGUAUGACAGGAUAGCAGGGAAAGGAGGCACCUAUCCCCGUAGGUACCAUGUUUCCCUGCACUAUAAGGACCACAGCGAAGGUCGGCGAACGUUUCCACGGAUUCGUCGCCCUCAGGGGAACCUUUUCACCCUGGUGCCUUCGAGGCGGUCGCUGAACAGCAGCAAGGAGAGUUUAGGUAGCUGGCAGCUGGUCGACACACAAGGCAGGGUGCAUCUGCAGGAUCGAUCCGUUCCUCAUAAGUCGCCCAGUGCUCCGGCCACGUGGCGUCGGGGGAAACUUUUAGGCCAGGGAGCGUUUGGCCGGGUCUACCUCUGUUAUGACGUGGAUACUGGGAGGGAACUGGCUGCAAAGCAGGUCCAGUUUGACCCUGAAAGUCCUGAAACCAGCAAGGAGGUUAGUGCACUGGAGUGUGAGAUCCAGCUGCUGAAGAACCUGCACCAUGAGCGCAUCGUUCAGUACUACGGGUGUUUGAGGGACCACAAGGAGAAGACCCUCACCAUUUUCAUGGAGUACAUGCCAGGAGGUUCGGUCAAAGAUCAGCUGAAGGCCUACGGAGCUCUGACGGAAAACGUAACCCGGAAGUACACCAGACAGAUCCUGGAGGGGGUGUCCUAUCUGCACAGCAACAUGAUCGUCCACAGAGACAUCAAAGGCGCCAACAUCCUGCGGGAUUCAGCCGGAAACGUUAAGCUGGGAGAUUUCGGAGCCAGUAAGAGACUCCAGACCAUCUGCAUGUCCGGUACUGGAAUCCGCUCUGUGACUGGCACCCCCUACUGGAUGAGUCCGGAGGUGAUCAGCGGAGAAGGUUACGGCAGGAAAGCAGACGUCUGGAGCCUGGGGUGUACGGUGGUCGAGAUGCUGACAGAAAAACCUCCGUGGGCUGAGUUUGAAGCCAUGGCGGCCAUAUUCAAGAUCGCCACCCAGCCGACCAAUCCGCUGCUCCCGUCGCACAUUUCCGACCAGGCGCGGGACUUUGUUCGCGGCAUCUUUGUGGAAGCUAAACGCAGACCCAGUGCGGAGGAGCUGCUCAGACAUCCCUUCUCCCAGAUUCUGUGCUGAGACGCAAACGUUGGAAGUCCCGCAGACGGAUCUGCAGCUUCCGUAAUCCGUGUGUACGACAGAAACGUGGAGGCGGCUUUUUAGAUUUUUCCCAACUUGGUGCCUCCUGAACACAAGUCCAGAUUAUGAUCUUCAAUGGGAAAUUGAUCCUGUAAAAGCAGCUUCCGUGGUCGCUUUUCGGGUUCCUUUCACUUCCGGCUGAAUCCCGCAAGAUGCUGGCAGCCAUUACACUUUUCACCUCGUGCACCCCCUAGCGGCAGCUCGCACACCCCCAGGGGUGCGCGCACCACACUUUGGGAAUCCCUGGUCUACGCAAAGCUGAAGUUUGCAGGUUCUCCAUUCCUCUGCUGCACAAAUCUCUAUCAUUUUAUAUUUUUUAUGUGUUAAUAUUAAUGAGAGUCCAUCAUUUCAGCCCCUUCAGAUUAGAGUACAUCCAGUUUAAGGAUUUUAAAAGCAUCACCUGUUCGUAUCCUUAGCAGCUUCACAUUUGACUUAUUAAUUCUAUGAAUUAUGAUUUUAAAUGAGCAAAUAAAAUUCCACCUGCAGUAUUUUGCGCUUACAGGACCAACACUUAUAGAUUGUGUUUUAUUACACAAGGAUAAAGAAUAUUACAUUAUAAAAUCAUUACUGGACAAUCUGAGUCCAUUCUCAAAAUGAGGACAAACUCGUGUAUGAAAAACCCAAAUUCUGUACUUUUCAGACAAGAUCUCCGUGUUUGAGGCUGAAAUCUGUUGUUGUUUUUGUUUAUUUCAUUCCCGACCAGUAGAUGGCAGUCAGAAAGCUUAAUCUUUGUCUCAUAUAACUAAAUAUUCCUACUUUAACGUGGUUUUCCAUUUCCAAAACACUUUUGGGGAAAUAUGAGGCUUCAGUGGGUUUCACUACAGAAAUAACGAUGCAAAGAAUGAAGAGAAUAGGUAAAUAAGGGUCAUUAAAAUCUUCCUUUUGUUUCCUCCUCUAUUGUUUGAUGCACUGUAACGUUUUCAUCUUUUUUUCUUCUCUUUAGUUUUGUGAUUUUCAGCUGACAAAGUGUAAAAACUGGGACGGAUAAAUUAAAAAGUUACAUUCAUCACAGACAGAUGAGCCUUCUUUUUUAGGAUCAUUUUAAAUCAGAUGCACCUUUUUUUUGUAAGAAGAACGUUUUGGGGCUUCACUUAAUUAGAUUUUUUUUUAAAUGUGAAAAUUAUUUAACUUAUGUCCCCAUUUCAAUCCAGUUACACUUUUAAGAAGACGCAUAAAUUAUAUUUUUAUAUUUCAACCAUUCAAAUCAGUUGAUGCUUUUGUUAAAAUCACAGGGAGCAGCUGGCCUAGCAGUGAGACCGGGGCAGAACGUGAACUUUGGCUGUCUGCUUCUGAUCCCAGUGCAGAUUUUUAAUAGAUCUUUUUCAUCACAUCUUUAUCUCUACGUUAAGAGAACGAUGCUGGUUCGAAAACUAUUCAUCUGUUUGCUGCUUUGUACGGAAGCCCAUUCCCGCCACUAAGAAUAAAAAAAAGUGAACUCAUAAUUAUGACUUAGGGUGCGUUCGAUUUUCCUCGGAAGUUGGAACUAGGAAUGACGUCACACCUGAGUUAACAGCGUUCUGGUGAAAAACACAUGAAGCUCAUCUUCAAAAAAAAUAUUCGAAGAGAGAUAAAGACGAUCCAAUCAAAACUACUGUUGUUGAUACGCAGAGCUGCCAUUUUGGAUCUCGAAGUCGGGGUUGUGAAAAUUUUGAGAGGGUGCUCUUAGCUAUAACACCCUCUUUGGUUCCAGAAUGCUAUCAAGUCUGACAACUAGAAGGAAUUGGACUGACUCUGGAAUGGGCGGGGCUGACUCUGGAAUGGGCGGGGCUGACUCUGGAAUGGGCGGGGCUGACUCUGGUGCAGCUCCGCCUUUGUGGUUCUGCAGCAAUCACCACUUGAAAAUUUUCCGAGUUUCCAACUUCAUUUGAUUUUUCCUAUUCGGAGGUGGGGAUUUCCGAGUUCCGAGGACAAAUCGAACGCACUAUUAGUAUCUCAUAAUUAUGAGAUGCGUGUUUUUUUUUUUUUUUGAGUGGUGGGAGUGGGCUUCCAUAGGUUUGACACAUUCAUGAAGAUAUCUGACCAAAAACUAAGAGUUCAGCUAUUUUAUGCCAUAUAUGUGUAGUUUUAAAACAUUUUAGGGGUGUGAUUGAGCCAAAGAGGAGCAGGAUCAGAGCUGGCGUCGUGUCAGAUUUUGUUGUUCAGCUCACGUGACGACUUUGUUUACCCCGGGGUUUAGACGACACGCUCGCCUGUGUGGAUUUCUGGACAAAGGGCUCAGAUAAGAAUGUUUUUCUGAAGCUGUUAAACUUUUAAAGGCAGCUAAACUCAUUUCAGCAUUAAAAAGAAACAUCUAUUUAAACAGAGAAUCCCUGGGAUAAGCAAAGGAAAACCAACUAGUUGUUAGUCUUUAUAUCUGAAUGUACAUUAUUAUUAGGACAAGACUUGCAGUGCAAAGUCGAAUGUAUCAGAGAAUGGUAUAUUUUAUAUCUAAAUGUCAUUUGUGAAAAAGAAAUGAUUUUAAUUAUGACUACUGUGUCACAUGUUUGUGUGGACAGCAGAGGCUUUUCCAGACUCGAUGAAAGGAAGACUGAGCUCACUGUUGGCUUAAGAAGCUGCUUGAUUGAUGCUUUUUCACCCUCUUCCCGUAUUUUCUCCUGUUCUCUCCAUUCACUCUGACUGUUGAAAUGAGGGAAAACAGGAGGCAGCCACAGGAAGAAGAGGUUUUUAUGGCUGUGGCUGCCUGCGAGCGGAGAAAAUGGACUGUAUCAAACAAAGACCUCUUUUAUUUUUUUAAAUGCUGCAUUCAGACGUUCUUUGUCAGGUUUCAUUGUAUUUAAAUUUAUGGAAUUUAAUUAAGACACUUAAAUGACUUCAGUUUCAUGUUUUAACCUAAAGAAAAAUGUUACCAAACAUGAGUAAAGGUUGUGUUUGCUUC